CGAACGAUGCCGUGACGCAGCAUAGCGAUAGCGUUGACAGCGCGAGCGCACCCCGGUGGAGGGAGCCCUUCGGUCGCGGACGUGGCGCGGCUUGGAGACAGAUUGCUAUUUGAUACUUGAAGGUGCUCCCUCGAAGCCCUCAGUGAGUGGGGGAGGGGCGGCGGAGGAUGAGCGGUCCCCGUCUGCGCUUGCGCCGGCACCUCUGUUGACCCGGCCCGCACGCGCGCGCAUGCUCGCUGCGCGCGGAGCCGCGGUGGCCGGCAGCACUGCGCGUGCGCGCUGAGGAGCCCGCUGAGGAGCGGCGCUGGCGGACGUCGGGCGGGCGGCCCGUGACGUCGUGAGGAGCGCUUUAAAGUGCGGGCCGGGCCGGGCGUCCGAGGGUCUGGCCGAGAGUCAGGCCGAGCCUCUGCAGCCGCCCUCCGCGGCAUGAGGUGCUGCCGGCGCCCCUGCCCCCCAGGACGUGGAGAAGGUGGAGGAGGAGGAAGCCCCGUUGCCGCCGCCGCUGCAUGACCUGCCGCCCCUGAGUCCGACCCCACGCCCGGCCCCUCGACGCCCUCGCCAGGUCCUGCGGCCUCGCAUGGGGGCCUGGCGCUGAGGCCCUCCCUCCCUCCGGGGCCCGGGGCGCGUCCCCCGAGAGCCAUGCCCGGCCGCCCCGCCCGCCCCGGAGGACCCUAGAGCAGCGUCGCAGGGGCCAUGGCGGCCGCCAGCGGUUACACGGACCUGCGUGAGAAGCUCAAGUCCAUGACGGCCCGGGACAACUAUAAGGCGGGCAGCCGGGAGGCAGCGGCCGCCGCGGCCGCCGCCGUGGCCGCCGCCGCCGCGGCCGCCGCCGCCGCCGAGCCCUACCCGGUGGCCGGGGCCAAGCGCAAGUACCAGGAGGACUCGGACCCCGAGCGCAGCGACUACGAGGAGCAGCAGCUGCAGAAGGAGGAGGAGGCGCGCAAGGUGAAGAGCGGCAUCCGCCAGAUGCGCCUGUUCAGCCAGGACGAGUGCGCCAAGAUCGAGGCCCGCAUCGACGAGGUGGUGUCCCGCGCCGAGAAGGGCCUGUACAACGAGCACACGGUGGACCGCGCCCCGCUGCGCAACAAGUACUUCUUCGGCGAGGGCUACACGUACGGCGCGCAGCUGCAGAAGCGCGGCCCCGGCCAGGAGCGCCUCUACCCGCCGGGCGAUGUGGACGAGAUCCCCGAGUGGGUGCACCAGCUGGUGAUCCAGAAGCUGGUGGAGCACCGCGUCAUCCCCGAGGGCUUCGUCAACAGCGCCGUCAUCAACGACUACCAGCCCGGCGGCUGCAUCGUGUCUCACGUGGACCCCAUCCACAUCUUCGAGCGCCCCAUCGUGUCCGUGUCCUUCUUCAGCGACUCCGCGCUCUGCUUCGGCUGCAAGUUCCAGUUCAAGCCUAUCCGGGUGUCAGAACCGGUGCUUUCCCUGCCGGUGCGCAGGGGCAGCGUGACUGUGCUCAGUGGAUAUGCUGCUGAUGAAAUCACUCACUGCAUACGGCCUCAGGACAUCAAGGAGCGCAGAGCGGUCAUCAUUCUCAGGAAGACAAGAUUAGAUGCGCCCCGGUUGGAAACAAAGUCCCUGAGCAGCUCUGUGUUACCACCCAGCUAUGCUUCAGAUCGCCUAUCGGGAAACAACAGGGACCCCACUCUGAAACCCAAGCGGUCCCACCGCAAAGCAGACCCUGAUGCUGCCCAUAGGCCUCGGAUCCUGGAGAUGGACAAGGAAGAGAACCGGCGCUCGGUGCUGCUGCCCACACACCGGCGGAGGGGUAGCUUCAGCUCUGAGAACUACUGGCGCAAGUCCUAUGAGUCCGGGGAGGACUGCUCCGAGGCGGCAGGCAGCCCCGCCCGCAAGGUGAAGAUGCGGAGGCACUGAGGCCUGCUGCGCCUCCAGGGACUCUGUUAAUCCUCAUGUAGCUGCCCCCUCCUUCAGUUUCGUUUUGAGGGUUUUUGUUUCCGUUUUUUUUUUUUUUUUUUUCUUUUUGAGCUUUAUAUUUUUUCCUUGGUUUGUUGCCUGAUAAGGCUGAAGAACAGCGUUUGCUGGGACCUGGUUCUUAUGUUCUUAGUUUUCCUCCUGGAUGGAAAGGCUGUUGGCAUCCGCAGGGGACAGAAGCUCAUGCUGGAGUGGCCAGUAGAGGCCUGGGGGCAGCUGUCCUCAAGUGGGGCUGUGUCAUGCUGGGUUUAUUUAAAAGCAACAAAAUGUUUUGGUUAAGGAAAUUCUUGUUUUGCUUUAAAUGUAAAUCUUCUCAGUGUUGUGAAUGAAGUUCAGUCUCCUGUCCCCCCUCCGCCCACUGAUGUCUGGGUUGAGGUCUUCUGGGCCUUGCCCGCUCCACAGGGGCCUGCUGUCCUCCCACCUCUCACCUGCUCUCCAGGCCCUGGAAGCUCACGCAAACGCCCUCUUACUCCUGCAGCAGUCAUUCAGGAUGACCAGGCAGGGGCUUACAUAGUGCCAGCCCCUGCACCCCAGAGCUAUUGGCUGAGCCCCCGGGCUUCCUUCACGCCCGCUGGCCUGCUCUGCCCAUGGGUCGGUCCCAGGGCAGCUGAGGGGCUGGCUGCAGUGGUCCUGACCUCUCUUGCCAGGAGCAUGCCUCUUGGCUGGGUUGCUCCCUUCAAGCAUAUGCGUGUGAUUGUAUGGAACAGUUAGACUUGCCAUGUUGGGGCAGUUUUAGAAAUUGUUUCUAGCUAGAGGGACUGGCGUCCUUCCCAGUCUAGCAUUUGGGGUAUGGAAAAUUGUUGUGGUGUGUGGUAGGGUUUCUGUUUUCUUUUGUUUCGAGUUUAUUUUUUCCUUGGGUCUCCUGGCUUUUUCCUUUCCCUUUCCUUUCUCCUACCCUGGCCAGCUUGGGCCUUCUUCUUACGUCAUCCCCAUAGGAAGGUGUGUGCUGCCUCUGUCCACCUGCAGCAUGCAUCUAAGGCCACAGCUCAGGCUUGCAAACUGGGUUGGUGCCUCCUCAGCCUUAGGGGUGUGGGAGCUGAGGAAGGGGCUUUUAAAAAAUAAUAAUAAAAGGAAAGAAAAAGGUAAACUCUUUGGCAAUUUCCACCUACUCAGAUCCUCAAAGGCUGCAAGGUUUUGCUGAUCUAGGUUCGUUAGAAAUGUCUCCUUGCCAGCCAGGGCCAAGACCCCGGCCUGCUGAGAGUAGAGACCCUCCCAGUCCCCAGGCUGCCAUCACCCCCGGGGGCCUUGUCUUACAGAGGCCCAGGCCUGAGGCUGCAGAAGUCGGGGGCAGUCACCAUCGAGGAGCCCCUCUCAGGGGCCAGAACUCCUUUGCCAGCGUGGACUCCUCACGUCGGGACUGCAUAACUAAAGCAGUUGCAGUUUUUUUUUUUUUUACAGCUUUUUUCCCAAAAAUGAUUUGUAGUUGUGUGUGCAGCACUUUGCCCUGAUAUGUGUGCUCUACAAUAAAAACCAAAUCUAAUAUAUUUUGAAA